CUUCGUGUGAACAGGGCGGAGCUGAAGGUCCUCUCUGUACUCAAGGACAUUUGCUCUCCAACAGCUGUGUCGCCUUUCAAAAUACACAGCAACAAGUAUGAGACUCAAGUCCCCCAAAUAAAAAAAAAGGAGGAGGUCACCUCUGCUCUCCUCACCAUGACAUGAGUUCACCAUCACCGGACCGAAUCCGGCUUUAUUCCCAGCGUAUGAACAUCACACAAAUGAAUUCCGCGCGUUUUGGCAGUUCGACGUAAAGCGCCAUAUGACGCAGCAGGGCUCUCCACGGCACUGAUGCCAUAAGCCCGCCGCCCGCCGCCCUCCACCCACACCAUCAAUCUGAUGUGGAGAUCGAAGAUAGGAGGGCUCACAUGACUCCACUCCAGACUCGAAGACGAGGAGAAGUGUGGCAUCUUCCAGCAUCAGCACUGCCACAGCUGGCGCAGCUCAUAACGGCGGACAGUAAGAGGAAAUAUUCACGCUUUUCCCUGGAUUUGGAGCAGAGUCUGCGGAUGAGCAGCGAUGGGGGAAUGGACCAUACUAGAGAGGCUCUUGGAAGCUGCUGUCCAGCAGCACUCCACUAUGAUCGGAAGGAUCCUGCUCACUGUGGUGGUGAUCUUCCGGAUCCUAAUCGUAGCUAUAGUGGGAGAGACAGUGUAUGACGACGAGCAGACCAUGUUUGUCUGUAACGCCUUACAGCCGGGCUGCAUCCAGGCGUGCUACGACAAAGCUUUCCCCAUAUCUCACAUCAGAUAUUGGGUGUUCCAGAUCAUAAUGGUCUGCACGCCGAGUCUCUGCUUCAUCACGUACUCGGUCCAUCAGUCGGCCAAGCAAAAGGAGCGACGUUACUCCACCGCCACCGUCCUCCUCUCUCUGGAUAAUAAGGAGCAGGAUUCUCUGAAACGAGAGGAGGCCAAGAACCAAAAGAUCAAGAACACCAUCAUGAACGGAGUACUGCAGAACACGGAGAACACCACCAAAGAAGCCGAGCCCGACUGCCUAGAGACCAAAGAACUGACCAGCUCGGGCACAAAACCGGGCAAGUCCAAAAUGAGGCGGCAGGAGGGCAUUUCCAGGUUUUACAUCAUCCAGGUGGUGUUCAGAAACGCGUUGGAAAUUGGCUUUCUGGUGGGCCAGUAUUUCUUGUACGGAUUCAACGUGCCCGCCGUGUACGAGUGUGAUCGAUACCCGUGCAUCAAAGAGGUGGAGUGUUACGUGUCCGCGGUCAGCGGCUUUUGCGUGGUCCUCAAUCUGGCCGAGCUCAAUCACUUGGGCUGGAGGAAGAUCAAAACGGCCGUGAGGGGCGUGCGGGCCCGCAGGAAGUCCAUCUACGAGAUCCGGAACAAGGAUUUGCCCAGGAUGAGUAUGCCCAAUUUCGGCCGCACUCAGUCCAGUGACUCCGCCUACGUGUAACGGGUGCGUAACGAGGACCCGAAGCCCGCGCGCCGCCGAGUUCGAGACCGCGGAUGAGUCCCGUCGCCACGUAAGGUUCAUGAAUUGCAAGAACACGGGGUAGGACUUUUUUUGUUACUGUUUUAAAGACUCCAUUGGCAACUGUGGACGACAAACACGUUUGUAAAGCAGUUCACUACUGUAUAAUGCAACUUUUUAUGCAACGUUUGUACUCUGAGACGUACACAAAGAGCAAAUGCUGAUACCUGAAUGCGUAAUGCCUCUCUGUAAGCUGCGGUGACACUUGACAUGACACUGUCCUGUUGCACACAAUGCAUGCUAUAUGAUUCAUUACAGUAAACUACAAGCGGCUCCACAACUGCUGUGA